AUGGGAGAACAAUGAUUGACACGGCAGCCAUUUUCCUACGGGGCGCCCUGUUCCCAUUGUGUGAGAGAUAGUAAAUACUGACACUGCUAGAAAACCAUAACAUUUAUUUCCUUGCGAAAAAACGUUUAUAUUUACGUCAGGUGAUAACUAACUCGUCAUGGCUCGUACCAAGCAGACCGCCCGUAAAUCCACUGGAGGAAAGGCUCCACGUAAGCAGCUGGCCACCAAGGCUGCCCGCAAGAGUGCACCGUCUACCGGUGGGGUCAAGAAGCCCCAUCGUUACAGGCCCGGCACCGUGGCCCUGCGUGAGAUCCGUCGGUACCAGAAGUCCACUGAGCUGCUGAUCCGCAAGCUGCCCUUCCAGCGCCUGGUGAGGGAGAUCGCUCAGGACUUCAAAACCGACCUGCGCUUCCAGAGUGCAGCGAUCGGAGCCCUGCAGGAGGCCAGCGAGGCAUACCUGGUGGGUCUGUUUGAGGACACCAACCUGUGUGCCAUCCAUGCCAAGCGUGUCACCAUCAUGCCCAAAGACAUCCAGCUGGCACGUCGCAUCCGUGGGGAGCGUGCUUAGCCUGCCCACCCGCCCUCCUUUCCUUUUUCUCUUUAAUGUUUCACCUCUAUUCUCUUUGUUUCUUUAUCUCUCACCGUCCUAACUCCCUCAUUUCGCCCCGCCCUUCCAUCUCACCCCCCAGCCCCCUCUGCCUGUUUUCUUCUUGGUAGUCUUUAGAGUAACCGUGAUUAUGAUGAGAGAAACGUGUUGAAAAGUCUCGUCUCUCAUAGUUUUUGUCUUCAGCAGAUGUUUUAGGGUACCUUUUUCGUGCAUGUAGUAGGUGUCGCUGAUCAGACACACACACACAGGUUUGUGCGUCCUCAGCUCUCAUAAAAUAAAACUCACUCACAUGCACAGGUGGGCAGACCAGAAGGGUGUUGCCCAGGGGCUAGUCUGCUUAAGGGGAGUGGCAACUUCCACAGCAGGGUGCUACUAAAACUAACCCCAGGGCUGUUGGUGUGUGUGUGAGCUCUGAUCAGCUAAGCAAAUUGUAUUCAACAGCAAACAAGUAUCAUCUUGGUUACUUAAAAAUAAUUGAUGAUUACUAUCAUUGUGGAUAUUGUGUCUAUUUUUUUUUAUAUAUAUAUAAUUCAUACAUAUACACCUUUUCUUUUGACUACUGCCAGAGACAUCAAAAUAAUAAUAAGAAAAAACGAAGUGAUUGAAGUUUGGCAAACUUCUGUUUUUACAGAAUUAUUUUUAAACCAAUCAGAAAGAGCUCGGUUUCAUAAGAGCUACUGUUCCAAUGGCAGCCACAUGGGGGUGAUAUAUACCAGCCCCCCUCCUAUUUAGCUUUUUCUCACUAUUAAUCUGUCAUUAUCCAUGAUACUAUGCUCAAUCUCUUUACCCUAUCUCCUCUUAAGGUUAGUUGUGUUCGGCAUUAGAGUUGUUACACCAGUAUGAGUUGACUUUGUAGUAGCGAGAGUUACUCUUCAAGUUUGGGUUAUUUUCUGACUUUCUCUCACUUCCUUUGUAUACUGAACAAAAAUAUAAACUUAUCAUGCAAAAAUUUCAAAGAUUUUACAGUGUUACUGCUCAUACAAGGAAAUCAGUCAAUUGAAAUCAGUUCAUUAGGCCCUAAUCUAUGGAUUUCACUUGACUGGGGGGGGGGGCGCAGCCCUGAGGGCAUAGAUCCACUUGGGAGCCAGGCCCAGCUAUUCAGAAUGAUUUUUUCCCAACAAAGGGGCUUUAUUACAGACAUAAAUACUGUUUCAUCAGCUGUCCGGGUGCUGCUCUCAGGCAAUCCCACAGGUGAAGAAGCUGAAUGUGGAUGGAGGUCCUGGGCUGGUGUGGUUACACAAGGUCUGUGGCUGUGAGGACGUUUGGACGUACUGCCAAAUUCUCUAAAACAACAUUGGAUGCGGCUUAUAGUAGAAAAACUAGCAUUCAAUUUUCUGGCAACAGCUCUUGUGGACAUUGCUGAAGUCAGAAUGCCAAUUGCACGCUCAACUUGAGACAUCUGUGGCAUUGUGUUGUGUGACAAAACUAAACAUUUUAGAAUGGCCUUUUAUUGCUCCAGCACAAGAUGCACCUGUGUAAUGAUCAUGCUGUUUAAUCAGCUUCUUGAUAUGCCACGCCUGUCAGGUGGAUUGAUUAUCUUGGCAAAAGAGAAAUGCUCACUAACAGGGAUGUAAACAAAUUUGUGCACACAAUUUGAGAGAAGUUUUUUGUGCAUAUGAACAUUUCUGGGAUCUUUUAUUUCAGCUCAUGAAACAUGGGACCAACACUACAUGUUGCCUUUAUAUUUUUGUUCAUUAUAGAUCUGACCAUUCAAUCGGUCAGUUUCCUCAAUUUGUGAUAAGCAAUAUAACAUGUUUGUUUUCUUAUAUUUGUUCUUAUUCCUCAAGAUUUUCAGAUGUUUAAGCUGAUCUUUGUAUUUUCCAAAUUUCUCAUUAUGGUGGUAAUAAAUAGAUGUUACACAAA